UAAAAAAAAUUCAAUGUCGGUCGGCUUUGUAGCGGAUGUCGUUUGUAAUUUUACAAAUUGCCAAUUUUCUGUAAAAGUAGCAGUAGCUUUGCAAAUUAGGAAUUCUAUUUGAAAUUCAUGAGGGCCUCUGAUUAAUAUCAAAAUGCAACCUACGACGAUGCUUCCGAAGUUAGCAGAUUCUAAGCAGACUAUAUCAUUUUCCGAUGGUGACGGAGUGUGUAGUUCUGAAGUAUAUGCCAGUGAGGUGGUAGUGACCACCAACGCGGGCAACCACAACCAUGGCAGCUCCAAGGUGAAGCUCAAGAACCUGGUAGACUACAACUGGGAGCCCAAGUUCUACUCGGGGAACCUGCUGGCCGUGCAUAUGAGUGGGAAAUACUUGGCUUAUUGUAUUAAAGCUCCAAACACAAUGAACCCUGGCACUUGGACGGGCAUGGUGCGCGUGGUGUACAACCCGGAGAUGGGAAAUGACCGAAGAGCACUCAUCAAGGGGAUGAAAGGAGAGGUACAAGACCUCGCGUUUGCGCACAUAAUGAACCAGGUGGUGCUGGCCUGCAUUGACGAACAUGGCAACUUCUAUGUCCAUGAGAUUGAACUUACUGACAGUGGCCUCAGAUGCACCCUGGCGUGUGAGAUACGUGAGGACGCGGGCAGCCCCGGCGGUCCGCAUCGGGUGGUGUGGUGCCCCUACAUCCCUGACGAUCACGAUGCUGAACCUGAUGACGUGGCACGACUGUUGCUCACCACACACGAGAACAAAGCCCGCAUGUGGAACAUCAGCGUGGUGGUCCGCGCCCUAGCAAGCACUGAAGGUGUGGGUGUGGGCGGCGCGCUGACGCCGGCGUCGGGGCGCGUGGCGGCGGGCGAGCACGGCGCGCCCAUCGUGGACGCCGCCUUCUCGCCCGACGGCACCGCGCUCGCCACCGCCGCCGCCGACGGGCUCGUCAUGUUCUACCAGGUGUACACGCACAACGAGAGCGCGCCGCGCUGCCUGCACAAGUGGCAGCCGCACGACGGCGCGCCGCUCUCCUGCCUCGCCUUCCUCGACAACCACAACAACACAGACACCGACGUUCAAUUCUGGAAAUUCGCGGUGACCGGCGCGGAAAACAACACCGUCAUCAAGAUCUGGUCCUGCAAGUCGUGGAACUGCCUCCAGACCAUCACCUUCACCCCUACCCUGGGCGCAGAGCCCUCCCUUGGCCUUAAGGCCAUGCUAGACGCCAGCGCCAACUACCUGCUUCUCUCAGACUUCAAGACAAGGAGCCUGUAUGUGCUGAACAUGGCGAGAGACAGAGACGACACUAUGGCCUACUGCAAAAGUAUAUCGGAAUUCCUGCUCUCAUAUCCGGUGCUCAGUUUUUACAUAUUCGAUGCUGAGGAGGUCCAGACCAAAUGCGAGUCGAGCUGCGACGACCCCUUCCACAGGAACGGUUCAGGCGGCGACGUCGGCGCCUCGCCCGAAGACUUCGACAUACAUCACGAUGAGAGUGUGGGUGCGGGCUGCGGGAGGCGCGCUCGGCUGCGGCUGUACGUGGUGCAGCCCAAGGGCCUGCAGGAGGCCGAGCUGGUGUACGAGCCGCCCACCCCGCAGCCCAGAGACUGCGAGGUGCCUGCAGAAGUGGCCGGCAUUCCCGAAGAAGAGUCGACGCCAGCGCUCGCGUCCAGCAUCCUCCAGCAACAGAGCCAGCAACUCAAGAACCUGCUCAUGCGCAGCCAGACGCAGCCGGGCAGCCUGAUCAGCCAGCGACCGGAGUCCCCGGCCGCCAUCCCGCCGCUGAACCUCAUGACGCCGGACGCGUUCAGCUCGCCGGGCAAGCGCGACGAGGACGACCCGCCGCUGUCCGCCACGCCCGACGUCAGCAAGCCGCGCUCCACAAGUAUAUCGGCGGAGGCAGUGGAGCCGGUGAACAAGUUCACAUCGGGCGGGUCGAGCCCCAGUCGGGAGGUGCAGGAGAUCAUGUCGCACAACGACGAUGACGCCUACUACAAGGGCAACAUGGAGGAGGACUCGGAGUCGCUGCCGGCGGAGGCGGCGUCGCCGGCGCCCGCCUUCACCCCCCUCCCCGCGGCGCUGCCCGCGCUGCCCGACCUGCCGCCGUUGCCUGCAAGCAACGACACGUCCUGGCCCCAGAUAUCGCUGGCGCAGAUCACCGAGGCCAACCAGCGAAAGGCGUCGAGCGACAAGUCGGGCAGCCAGUCGCUGAACAACUCCGUCGCCGUGUCCGAGCGCCCGCCCAGCGCCUCGCCGCGCCGCGACCAGCUCGAGCAGAAGAUCGACCAGCUGACUGAGCAAGUGACGGCGUUGUCGCGGUCCGUGUCCAGCCUGCGGUCCACCAUGGGCGUGUCCGUGCCCGCGCUGGUGCGGCAGGCGGCCGACGAGGCGCUGCAGGCGCACGCGCCGCGCACCGCACAGGCGGUCGAGGCUGCGCUCACACACGGCUGGGAGCGUAUCGCGCGUGUAGGCGAGGCGGCCAGCGCGCGCGCCGCGUCGGCGGCCGGCGUGGGCGCCGCGCGCGCGCUGGAGCCGCUCGCCGCCGCGCUGCAGCACGAGCUCGCCACCAAGCUCAGCGCCACCGACGCGCUGCUCCGGGACAACAUACAGAAACUGGUCACCAGCAAGUCUGUGACGGACCGCCUGAGCGCCUCGGUAUCGCAGUGUGUCACGAAUGCGGUGCGAGACGCGUUCCGUGACGCGAUGAAAGAUAGCGUGCUGCCGGCCGUCGAGCGAGCGCACGCAGACAUGUUCCGACAGGUCAACCAGGCUUUCCAGCAGGGCACUAAGGAGUUCGCCGCGAACACGGAGGCUAGUGCACGCGCGGCCGUGGAGCGCGGCGCGGCCGGCGCCGUGACGUCACUGCGCGCGGCGCUCACGCGGCACGCCGAGGCGCUGUGCGCCGCGCCGCCGCCGCUCAACCAGCAGCACCUCGCCGCCAUGCUGCGCGACACCGUGCGACCGGUGCUGGAGAAGGAGGUGGAGUGGUGGGUGCGGCAGACGCGCAGCCUGCACAUGUCGCGCGCGCACUCCCCCGCCACGCCCGCCGGCUCCGUCGCCUCCGCGCACGACCGCCAGAUGCAAGUCGCCCAGAUCCAGUCGCUAAUGAGCAGCGGCGACGUGAACGGCGCGUUCCAGCUGGCGCUGUCCGCCUCCGACCUGGCGCUGGUGAUGGCCGCGUGCCGCGCCGCCGACCCCGGCCGCGUGUUCGCGCCGCCCUGCCAGCUGAGACAGCAUGUGCUGCUGUCGCUGGUGCAGCAGCUCGCCGCCGACAUGGCGCGCGACACCGCGCUCAAGCACAGGUACCUAGAAGAAGCCAUAAUGAACCUGGACCCGUCGAACGCCGUGACGCGCGAGCACCUCCCCGUGGUGGUGCGCGAGCUGCACAAGCAGGUGGUGUCCUUCCUCAACGCGAACCCCACGCACCAGCUCGCGCGCAAGUUCAAGAUGCUCCUCAUCGUGGCCGACUCGCUCGCCAAGCCCUGACCGUGCUGCUGCCACAACACGUGUCGGUAGUGGUGCACUA